AUGUUUUGGGGCAACAAAACUCCGCAGGCAUCCGAACAGGACCUGGCGCGUACCGAUUCCUCAAAGAACGAUCCCGCCGCAUCCGCCUCCCAAGCUUCUGGCACCGCAUGGCUCGCCGGACACUUGCACCACCUCACACCAGAGCAGGAGGAGAAGCUGCAGGAGUUUAAGGCACUGUGCGCUGAACGGAAAUACUACACUCCUGCCGUGGAACGAGCAGAUGGCGUUGAAGCGCAGCCCGCCAGCCAGGAUGAUGCGACUUUAUUGCGAUUCCUCCGCGCUCGCAAGUUUGACGUCGAGGGCGCGUGGGCUCAAUUCAAGGACACCGAAGACUGGCGCAAAGACAACGCCAUCGAGGAGCUAUAUGAGAAUAUCAGCGUGGAUUCAUACGAGGCCGCUCGACGGAUGUAUCCCCAAUGGACAGGCCGUCGCGAUCGCCGUGGAAUCCCUAUCUACGUCUUCCAGAUCCGCCACCUGGAUAACAAGGCUGUCGCCGCUUACAACUCCACCAUGACUACCGGUACACCCGAAACGCACAAAUCAUCAACAGUCCCUGCGCGCUUGUUGAACCUCUUCGCUUUGUAUGAGAACCUUCUCCGGUUCGUGAUGCCGCUCGCAUCCGCGCUCCCACGUCCGAACCCAGAGACGCCUAUCGUGACGUCGACCAAUAUCGUGGAUGUCAGCGGUGUCGGGCUGAAGCAGUUCUGGAACUUGAAGAGUCAUAUGCAGGAUGCUAGUGUUUUGGCGACGGCGCAUUACCCCGAGACAUUGGAUCGAAUCUUUAUUAUCGGAGCACCCUCAUUCUUCCCAACCGUCUGGGGCUGGAUCAAGCGCUGGUUCGACCCAGGCACAACCUCGAAGAUCUUCAUUCUCUCCGCCGCAGAGGUCGAGCCAACCCUCACUUCCUUCAUGGAGCCAUCCAGCAUCCCCAAGCAAUACGGCGGCGAGCUGGACUGGUCGUGGGGCGAGAUGCCGAAUCUGGACGAGCCCAGUCACGAGCUCCUCAGCGGCAUCGAGCAACCGAUCACCGACGGCCAAAAGCGGAAGGAUAUCCUCAAGGGCCCUGUGUUGUUUGAGGGCGAUCACCUCAAGGUUCUGGGUACUGUUGAUGGAAAGGAACGGAGGGAAAUCGUUCCCAUCCCGAAGACACAGGCUUCGGUCGAGUCACAGGCUAACUCCGCUGGUUCUGCAGAGAAGGUCGCACCUAAUGGCACAGAGACUAAAGUAGAGGACAGUGAGAAGACUAUUGAUGAUGUGGCUGUCAAGGUCAAUCAGUUGUCUGUGGAGGAGACGCAGACUACUGUUGCCGCAUAG